AUGACAACUCAGGAAACAAAAACAACCAAACUCAAGCUCCGCACAGCCCUAGGAAGAGUCUACCGUGACGUCCUCAAUACCCCCCCUCGAGACUGUACCGAAGAAGAGAUCCCCGUCAUCUCCCUCACGCCGCUGUUUUUAGAUGACGACGAAGGAGUAGAAGAUGGAGAUGGGGGUGUAUGUGUGGGUAGGCAGGCGAAGAGGAAGUUGGCGGCGAAGAUUAGGAACGCGGCUGUGGAGACGGGGUUCUUUUAUGUGAGGGAUCAUGGGAUUCCCGGGGGUGUUAUUGAGAGGGCUAGAGUGGAGGGAUGUGGUGAGUUUUUGUGUGAGGGGAAGGGGAAGGGAAAGGGAGGGGAAAGUGCUGAUUCUGGGAUUGUAGGUUUUUUAGACAGAGUGAGGGGGUGAAGGGGAGGGUUAGUCAGGGGCUUUCGAGGGGGUUUAAUGGUUGGAGUGAGUUCUUUCUUUCUUUCUCUCUUUUUUUCAGUCCAUGUUCUUUGGGAAACAUGCAGCUCAUACACUCUCUCGCUUGAACCCCUAAUAUUGUUUAUCAACCAUCCAUCUGAUUCUCACCCCCACUGUGAGCAUCUAAGUACUACCCAAGAACUCCUCAAAUCCUCAAUUCUACGAUCCUCUUUUAUCUUCUUAUACUAUAGUAAGAUUCCUAACAACCACACAGAAGAGUCCGGACAAACAAACAUAAGUCCCGGCGAAACAGCCGAUCUUAAAGAAUCCGUUGGUCCUUUCCAUUUAUAUUCCAGAGAGGUUCCUGUUUUUAGAUUUAUUGUGAUUUGUUAUGACUGAUUGUGGUAUUUUCAGUUCAUGUGGCAAUACGAUCCUAAAUAUGAUCCUGAUCCCAAACCUCUUGACGAUAUCCCGGAGGAGUUAAAACCGCAUUUGCGAGCUGAAGAAUUUGUUUGGGAAGGAAGUGUGUACACCCCCAUCACGCCUCCCUUCAAAUCUGUCCGAAGAAGAUAAAAGGGGGUAGUCUAUCCAGAACUAUCCCCUUCCUCUACGAACCACCGCUAAAAGAACCACCACUCACCCCCCCAGCCUCCCACCUCCCAGCCUUCAAACCCGCCCUCCUAACCUACUGGUCCUCCUGCCUCACCCUCUCCCGGCAACUCCUCCGCAUCGUCGCCCUCUCCCUCUCCCUGCCAGCGACCUACUUCGACAGCCGGGUAACAUAUCCAGGGGCCGACGGCGUGAUCAACUACUACCCACCCGUCACUCCGGAGCAAAAAGCCGUGCAAACCGUGGGACUUGGGAGCCACACGGAUGUGCAGCUCUUCACACUGCUCUGGCAGGAUAUGACGGGUGGACUGCAAGUGUUGAAUCGGCAGGGUCAGUGGAUCAAUGCGAAACCCAUUGAGGGGACGCUGGUGGUUAAUAUUGGGGACUUUUUGAUGAGGUUGAGUAAUGAUCUCUAUCGGAGUACUGUCCAUAGGGUUUUUAAUUUUAGUGAGGGGGAGAGGAUUUCUAUGCCGUUCUUUUUUGGUGGGUUUUCUUUUUUGCUUGUUGCAGGUCUUCUUCCUGUUUGGUCGUUGCUUGCGGGUGAUGGGGUGUAUGCUGAUGGGACUAAUAGGGUUGAAUUUUAAUUGUGUGGAGGGGGUUAUUCCUACGUGUUGUUCGGAGGAGAAUCCGGCUAAGUAUGAGCCGAUUUCUUGUGGUGAUUGUGAGUUCGCUUUUCUCUCUUCCGGGUCUGAGUAGGAGGGUUGAGCUGAUGGUUGGAUAGGGUGUCAUCUUAGGUUUAGUAAGGAGAAGGAGGAGUUUGAGGAGAAGAUGGGAAUGCAAGCGAAGGCGCCGAGUGGGAGGGUGAUUGCUGCUUGAACGUCUGUGGAUGGUAAAUAUGGUUGUAAUAUCAGACUGUGUAAUCUUGGAAUGGGACUUGAAUUUGGUGGGGCUUUCCGGGAUGUGUUUGGAAAGGUGCUUUAUCUUUUUUCU